AUGGAGUUACAGAUCGAACUAGACAAGCGUGAGCCGACAUAUACGAACAACGAUUCCAUGUCGGGCCACCUGGUCCUCAAUCUAGACUCCCCGGUCGACAUAUCGCAGAUCACUGUUACGCUGUUGGGACGGUCUAUUUCGAGAAUGGAAGGGUCGAGCCACUCGGAAUGUCACCAGCUUAUUCAGGAGACAGAGCAGAUAUUUCCCCCAUGCGCGCAGCUGGAUCAAGAUACCUCGAGGUUCCGAACCCUAGGGCCUAAGCAGUACACAUUUCCAUUCUCCCUAGCGUUUCCCACGGUGUCGGGAUGCUACAAAGCACACUCGACCAAAUGUCUGGAGAAACAUUCCCAAACCGAGGCCACGCCACCCGUCCGAGGGCAAGAGAUGCCCCAUUUGCUCCGCCGGCUUCCUCCCUGCACGGGUGAUCGGUCCGCCCCCGCCGAAAUAGCAUAUGCCGUCGAAGCCAACGUCCAUAUUGGCGGCUUCCUGAAGCAGUCCAUCAAGCAGCAGUCCCGCCAAAUAUUCUUCUGCCCCACAUCCAGCCCCCCGCCCCCAAGGCAGUCUCUCGCGCGACACCGCGCUGUCAUCAUCCGCUGCCAUCAGAGCAGCAACGCAGCAACCGCGCGCGAGGUAACGGCGGCGAUAGCCACAACGUACCAUGUCAGCAUCGAACUCAUGUGUGGCGCAUAUCUCCACCUUGGCCAGCGACUUCCCAUCAGAGUGCAAAUCACCAAGGUCAAUUCCGCCGAUCACGACCUCAUCUUGAACGAUUUCCAAGCGAUGAUCGUCGAAGAAACGGAGGUGCGGGCCGCGGGCCAGGUCCGGGUCCAGCGUCUCUCGCGCAUCCUGCGAACCGUGAGCAAUCUGCGCAUGCUAGUCUGUCUGGCGGAAACCCCCGUCGGGACGGCGGUGAGUAUACCGGAUGAUUUCUGGGGCGGGCAACUCCUCCCGACGGCGAUCACGCCGACGUUCGAGACGUGCAAUGUGCGGCGCAGUUAUAAGCUUGAGGUGCGGCUGGGCUUCAACAGCCGGCCAUCGAAGGUCCAGACAAGAAUUCUCGAAGUUCACUUCCCGGUUCAUAUCGUGGCCACCGAGCCUGCGCCCAUCCCGAGCUCGGUUCCGCGAUUCUCUGUAAAACAGCAGGACAACAUCGGGGAUUGCAUUCCAUGGGAAGGUAUGACGCAAUGA